AUGAUGUCCAUCUCUGCGCGACGGAGCAGGUUCCGGCCGUGCAUAGACCUCCACGACGGCCAAGUCAAGCAGAUUGUCGGCGGGACAUUGUCGGACGAUGACCCGAGCACUCUCAAGACGAACUUCGUCGCGAGUGAAUCCCCUGCAGAUUUUGCUCGCUUGUACCGCAAACAUGGUCUCACUGGUGGUCAUGUCAUAAAACUUGGUCCUGGCAACGAUUCCGCUGCGAAAGAGGCCCUGGCAGCCUGGCCAGAUGGAUUACAGAUCGGAGGGGGCAUCAACGACAAUAACGCUGCGGAAUGGAUAUCUUCUGGGGCGAGCAAGGUUAUCGUUACUUCAUAUCUUUUCCCGGGUUGUAAUUUCUCUUUGGAGAGAUUGCAGCUUAUUUCUGCUGCCGUAGGGAAGGACAGGCUGGUCGUGGAUGUCAGCUGCCGAAGAAGAGACGGCAAAUGGAUGGUUGCCAUGAAUAAAUGGCAAGACAUCACGGAUAUGGAAGUUUGUAAAGAAACCCUCGAUGUGCUAUCCGAAUAUUGCAGCGAGUUUCUAAUACACGCCGCGGAUGUUGAAGGCUUGUGCCAAGGAAUUGACGAGGAACUUGUCUCCAAGCUUGGAGAAUGGGUUCGGAUACCCACGACGUACGCCGGGGGCGCCAAAGCCCUCUCCGACCUUGACCUCGUCGAGCAAUUAUCAGAGGGCCGUGUGGAUCUUACCUACGGAAGUUCAUUGGACAUUUUCGGAGGAAAUCUCGUAAAGUUCGCCGAUCUUGUAGCACGGAACAACUCUAUUUAA